UUCCUUCUGAUUUAGGUUUAAUGCAGAUUUUCUUCCCUCUGUAUCGAACACCAAAUAUGAAGAUCAUUGUAGAUAUCAUCAUUCAGAAUAUUCCUCAAGUAGAAGAAAUUGAUUUGAGCUGCAACAAAAUCCACACUCUUGAGGAAAUUGAGCGAAUUAUACCUGUGUGCACAAAUUUGAAGAGGCUCAACUUGGAGAAGAAUAAGCUGAUGAAUGUCGACUGCCUGGCCAAACUACAGGGACUAGCCAUCAUGGAACUCAGUCUUGAAGGGAAUCCUCUCUGCGAUAAGUUCACCGACACCGAGACAUACUUCAGGCAGGUUACUUUUGUUGUGUUCCAAGUAACUUGAUUGCUUAUUCAUCAGUUUGUCAGUUUGAGUAAUUAAUCAUGAAUAGAGCAAAGCACAAGUUUGUUGAGGUCAGGAUAUCAAUAGCCAGAUCUUGGUGUAUAGUACUUGAGCUUGCAUGACCGAGUUCUAAAAUUACAUUAUAUUUGAUUAAAGAGGAGGAAAGCUCUGAAAUAAGUAGAUUCUGACUUGAGAGUUAAACCUUUCUGCAUUUUUUCUAGUUAUUUAUUAUAUAUAUGAUUAGGGUAAGUGAAGCAGAUAUAUUUGGUUUAAAGUCUUUUUUUUUCUUUAUUCUUGAAGCUAAGAAGUUGCAGUAUUGUUUACCAGAAUAAGAAAUAACAUAUAUAUGUAGCUAUGUCUGUCUGUGUUUGUAUCUGUGUCUGCAAGGGUAUGG